CUGGCAAUUUUUGUUGCUACGUCGAUCGUUUCUGUCAAGCCUUGCCGGCGAUGAAUUAAUUUUUAUUUAUUUUCUAAGAAGAAAGUUAAAGAUAUCCCGGAAAUUAUUUUGGAAUUAAGUAGGAUUCUACUAGUUCUACUUAUAAAAUGUACUUUCGUGCAUUUUUAUUAGUAAGCAUCCUAGCACUAGGCAAUGCCAACACACUGCAAGGCACGAUUGACGUGAAGCGGCUUGAAGGCAUCCUUCAGGAGAACCUGAAGAGCAAGGACCUCAGCUCCCUGUACUAUGCGGUGAAAGGCUUGAAGCAGCUCAAUGCCAAGAUCCCUAACAUAUGUGAGGACCUCAAAAAUAUAAAAUACGACCUCAAAAACAUUGAGCAAGUGUACUACCUCACUAACACAGCAGUCCUCUCCAACUGCCUCAACUCCCUCAAGCCCGAGGUCCUGAGCGCCCCCGCCCAGACCCUGGACAAGAAGGAUGCCACCAUCCCGGAGCUGUACUAUGCCGUGUACUCGCUGAAGGCCCUCGGAAAGGGCUCGGUCUAUGACAAGGAGGAUGGGCUUAAGAAUCUUAUUCAGUUGCUGAAGAAGGAUGAUUCUCCGGCUAAUUACGGCUUCGUGUUUGGCCUCUGCGAGCACAUGGGCUGUUUGUCUUGGAACGCGCAGCACGCGGAAGGCGUGCUCCUGGCCGCCGACGAGAGCGACGCCAAGGCCCUGCACUUUGAAGGAGGCCUACCGGUCACUUCCCUGGUACUCUCCACCGUCCUCAGGACAUACAAGUCCCUGUCGAAGCCAUCACCCCUGACCGAGGAACAGAAGCUGAAGUUCGCCACGUACCUGGUGUCCCGGCGCUCCGUCAACACGGCCCGGGGGGCUGCCCUGCUGCUGGAGGCUGCGCAGGCCCUUGCCGAUGACCAGCCAUCACCCAUCUCUAUCGCCAUCAAAGGCAAGAAGUACAUCUCCUCCGACUCGGACUCCAUCGAGAUCUCCAUCACGGACCUCCUCGGGCGCCCCGUCAAGGGCCUCAAGGCCGACAAAGUCCUCGCCCAGUCCGGGACUCGACUCGCCGAUGACGUAGUCGUUCUAUCUAAACAACCUUUAACACAAAAGCAAAACGAACCUACAACUUUUAUUCUUAACUUGAGUAAAAUUAAGGCUCAAUACGGCUUGUACAAGAUAGCUUUAAGCGCGGAUAGCAAGAUCUCUAGUGUGAAUGUAGCUGUGCUCGGAGAGAUCCAGGUGGGGAGCGUGGAGGUGGGCAUCGGGGAUGUGGACGGGACCACUAGUCCGAAGAUCACCACGGUGGCCUACCCGAAUAAACUGGCGGAGAAGCUGCAGGCGGAUCAUAUGCAGAAGGUGACCCUGAAGCUGACAGUGAAGGACAAGUACGGAGCCCCGGUGCUGGUGCAGCAGGCCUUCGUGCGCGUGGCGCCCGCGGCGGCGGACCAGGAGGCCAUCUACGUGGCGGAGCCCGACAACGCCAAGGCCUACAAAGUGGAUCUGAACGUGGGUGCCAUCUCCAAGCACUUGAAACACCGUUCAGGAGCGUACUCAUUAACAUUGUUCCUGGGAGAUAGUGCUGCGGCAGCGCCCAUCGCCUGGCACCUCGGCGACGUGCUGCUCAACUUCGGACAUGAAGUCGCACGGGAGGCGCCCCCCUCCCCCCGUGGUCUUGGAGCCCUCCCCGCCAUCUCGCACUCGUUCCGCGAGGCGGAGCCCCGGCCUCCGCGGUUCGUGUCCGACGUGUUCGCGGUGGCGUGCGCGGCGCCCCUGUUGCUACUGCUGGUGCUGUGGGCCAAACUCAGGGUCAACCUGUCCUAUAUGCCGUUUGCACCCAGCAUGCUGCUGUUCCAUCUGGGCUUGGGAGGUUCGCUGGCGCUGUACGGCGCGCUGUGGCUGCGGCUCUCCAUGUUCUCGGCGGCGCGCUACCUGCUGCCGCUCGCCGCCGCCACCUUCCUCGCCGGACACCGCCUGCUGCGCCGUCUGGUGGCCGACAAGCAACACUAACCGAACAGGAACCGGAACCCGCCCAGAGAGAGGAUCGAUACAACAGGAGGCUCGCUUUACUCUUACUUAACACGGAACUGGAGGACCCGCGCGAAGUCGCCUUUUCAUACGAAAGUAAGUCCUCAUUUUCCUCUCUGGAUAUUAAUAUUAUUGAAAAUGUUUUAACACAAUUUAUUGUAUAAUUGUAUAUUAACAAUAGCUAUGCCCCUCCGUUAGAUUUUUUUUUUUUAAUUUUUAAUUAUUUUAAGUUAGGAGCAUUUUAAAACUUGUAUGGAAUCCGUUUUUCGCUCCUAAUUUUUACAAUAAUCAAUAAAUAAAAAAACGGCCAAGUGCGAGUCGGACUCGCGCACCGAAGAUUCCGUACUUUUUAGUAUUUGUUGUCAUAGCGGCAACAGAAAUACAUCAUCUGUGAAAAUUUCAACUGUCUAGCUAUCACGGUUCAUGAGAUACAGCCUGGCGGUCUAUCAUAAGUUGCGUUCUCGCGCACGAGUCCAUAUUUGAAGUCGCGCUAGAUGUAUGGAGUCGCGCGCGAGAACGCAACUAAUGCUAGACCGCCAGGUGACAAACAUACAGACGGACAGCGGAGUCUUAGUAAUCUACGGAACCUUAAAAAAGUAGGGCCAUAGCUAUAGUUCAUAUACAUCAAAUUAGGUAAAAAUAUUUUCCGUAAUGUCAAUAUUCAGAGAGGAAAAUGGGGACUACGUUUGAAAGGAGCCGCCGGCCGUCUCCUUUCCUCUUAGAGCCUCGAGAUUAGUGAUGGGUUGAUUCUAAUUAAAAUUCAGUGUAACCAUGCAUUGUUUGACUGAAUAGACAGCUAUAUCUUACAGAACGUCCUAAAAAAAAAAUGUCCAUGGAUUUACUGAAUUUUCCAUUUGUAAUAAAAAGAAAUGGAUGGAUGUGCAGUGAGAUUUACGAGUAUAAAACUGCAAUAUCUAGUGAUGUACUAUAAAACUAUACAUUUCUUAUUAUUAGAAUCGAAAUUCAUCUAGUAUACAUAGAUAUGUUACAAUGUAUAGUCUGUUCGGAAAAUAUGACUAUUAGUACGGGCGGCGACCGUAUGAUCUAUACUUCAUCUGAUACAAGGAUAAGCCGCAUAGCACACGUUCAUAAAAGUGAUGCUAAGUUUGGAAAAAAUAGUUUAAAAAAUUAGAAUUGGCCGAAAGCACGAAAAAACGUACCACUUCCGGUUACAAAAAAAAGUGAAAUUUACGUCAUCUGAUACAAAGAUGAGACUGGUGGCAACAGGUAGGAAUUUAUAUGUAGCUUCAGAAAACACUCUUCCGAGCUUUUGACAGCUCCCAAAUGGCCGAAUGUGCGUCUGCCGGGCACUUUAAAGGUAAAAAAAAGGUAAGGGGUGUCACCCGUUGACCACGAACGCUGUAAAGAGUUCGAAACGUCGGGAUGUAUUAUAAAUUCAAUAUACGCGAUAUAAUCCGUUUUCAUAGUUUUAUUUCAUGAGUAACUAUCGCGGUAACCGAAGACGGUAAGAAAAAAGUUGAAUUACGUCAUCUGAUACAAAGAUGAGACUUGUGAUUGUGACAACAUAUGGCAAUUUAUACGUAGACUCGUCUGCCAGCUCCCAAAUGGCCGAAAGUGCGUCUGCCGGGCAUUUAAAGGAUUAAAUUACCAGGGAUACGUAAAUUUUACUUUUUCUUGUAACUAGAAUUGGUACUUUUUUUGUGCUUUCGGCCAAUUCAAAUAUUUUUCCAAACUUAGCAUCACUUUUAUGAACGUGUGCCAUGGGGCUUAUCCUUGUAUCAGAUGACGUAUAGAUCAUACGGUCGCCGCCCGUACUAUAUCGGUUUGACUUAUGCACAGAGUGCAUGAUGUUGCAGUCACAACAAUAACAUUUACUAUUUAUUUGUGCGUGUGUUUGCGCAAUCAAUGUGCUCUUUUUUUUACCAAUCCGAAAGUGGUCUCUGCCUUUUUCUCACGAAAUAUUAAAAAAAUACAUGUGUGGAUGGAGUCUUCUAAUUUAAGUUUAUGUCAUUCCUCGUUCCCUGUAGCAUCUGGGCUGGCACAUGAGUGGCUACAAUAUCUCGCCCGGGAGAUACUACCCGUCCCUCUUUAAUUAAUACAGUUAGAAAAAGGCGGGUAGUCUAUCUCGCGGGUGGGAUACUGUCGCGCCCAUCCUGUGCUAGGCCUACAUAUUUCUUUGCUUAACCUUAAAUGCAUAGUGAUGGAUGCAGCCUACACAACAAAAAACAUAAUUUUAUGCAUAAGUAGAUAAAAUCGGUCCUGUAUAAUUAUUUUGAUAGCAAAUUAAUUCACUCCGAUAUUUUAUGCGCAGUAUUUCAGUAAAAAAAAAAUAUAUUUGUUUAUAGACGAAAUGGCGGAAAAAUUGGAAAAGUUGAUGAUUUUUAGUACGUAAUUUAGGCGGUUUUUUUCGGGGUAUGCAAUUAUAUUUAAAAUCUUUAUUAUAGGUAUAUUACAAUAGUGUAAAUUUCUAAUGGUAGUAAAAUUUUUACCAAUUGUAUAUUUACAUAAAUUAUGAUUUACCCUAUGUAACUUCUAACACUGAUUUAGCAGUGAAAAUCCGUUUUUUUUCUAGAAUCAGUAAACAUAAUUAUGUAACGCAUAUUAAUUUAGGUGAAUGAAUGAAUCAAAGAAGUAUGCUGCAGGGUUCUGAUAAUUAUAG